GAUCGAUGGUGGGCGUGGUGGGGUAGUAUACCCGACUUUCCGUCAAGGUGUGGUUGUUCCGUCGUCACCGUCCUUCGCCUUCAUGGUCUGUGAAACCCUUUCAACAACUCAUUAGAACUCCAAGUCUCGGCUCACUGAAUAAGAUAUCUCUUCACCCAGCCAGUGCUCCUCGGGUGCACUGUGCAGCUUCGGCUUACAGUGGGUCAGACAACCUAGGAGCAGCAGAGUCUCAGUGGAAACAAUUUCCUUAUUCAUCGCUCCUUGUCUGGGCUUUGAAAGCGUGGGUAGAGUUCCUGAAGGGGCGGCCUGGGUAUGGCAUGUGGGAGGUUCUAGGUCCCUCCCACAGAGUCCGUUGAUGAGGUGGGAGGGGCUUUCAUCCCACGCUCUCGAAUCACAAGGUCAAUAUUGAACAGUCUGCUCCCAUCAUUACUACUCCCUGUUGAACCUGGUUCGAUUUCCGCUUUGUGUACAUCAAUCCGGCUCUUCGAGAGAGGUACAUAUACUAGACCUCUCCCAGUCCUUCAGGGUACACUUUCCUAUAUAAUCACGCCUCAUGAAUAUUCAAUCGUUUGUUACUCCCCAGCGUACAUUCUCACAUCCCCAACACACAUAUUGACGAAGCAAGCUGGCGGGGCUCCUGUUGUUCUGACAUGAAUCAUUAAUAAUUCAUUGGAACCCCACCAAGAGAGAACGCCUGCUGCGCUCGCGCUGUGCCAUCCUCGAAAUCUCCCACCUUUGCUCUUCUCUCUAUGCGAUUUCUAAAACUGCUCUACUUGCUCCUGGUGGACACCGGACUAUCAAUUUGGUUAUUCCUGACCGGAAGAAAGAAACGACUUGGGGGAAAGCGAACCAUGGCAAAGCUGAUACUCUCUACCGGGAACAUCGUCUCGGGCGGCCCCUCCAUCAUCCGCAAGCCGGGCGCAUAUCGAUCCAACCUUGAACUCACCAAUUCGCUCCGAAGCAACUUCCUGGCCGCACAGGAGGAUUACGCUACCGCCGCGGCCGACGACGAAGCCCAGGACGGGAAGCUACAUGCUAACGGCGGAGUCGAAAAUGGCGCAGCGAAGAGCAAUGGCAAUGCGCUGCACGUAAACACAGAGACGGGUGGACGCCCUCCAGUAUCGGUCUGGACUGCCGAAGAGGAUGGCGCCCUGUAUGUACCCCGCAUCGAUUGGUCAGAGGCGGGCCUGCAGGAAGAGCCGUCGCAAUACAGCAUCACGGUCAAGCUCUUUUUCUUGCCGUCUGCCUCUGUCGAAAGGCGGGCGCAGUUUGCAAAUGAGGCGCUGGACUUGGUGCUGAAGGAGCUGGAUGCGCCAGCUAUCGACCUGCUGAUUGUAUCCUUCCCCGGCAUGUCCUUUGAGGGCGACUGCGAAUGGAAAGCCGACAGACACAACGCGGUUCAGGGCAACGACGAGGAGGAGCUCGCAACUUGGGCGGCGAUUGAGAACUUGCACAGAGCUGGACUGGCCAAGAGCAUCGGCCUGGCCGAGUUUGGCAGCGAGAAGCUCGCUCGCUUCCUCCAGAGGGUACAAGUCCGGCCGUCGGUCAACCAGAUUAAUAUCAAGAACUGCUGCAAUGUACCACCACCACUCACGAAGUUGGCCAAGGAGGAAGGUAUCGAGCUGCUGGCGCAUAGCGACUGCAUCGACAUUCUUCCCAAGGGAACACUGAGGGAGCUGCUCGGCCAGGGGCUCGGUGGAGCUGGUAUACUCGCUGAUCCAGAGACGGGAGCCGGUGGACUGAAGGGAGAUUUAGCACCGCAAUGGGUUGCCAAGUACACAGCCGUGGUGCGGGACCGGGGGGUGAUUGAGAAUAAGGGGUACUUUGCCGGUGCUGAGCUGACAGAAGGUUGAGACCGGAAGUAAUCUAGAGAUAUUCUGGGGUUUACAUAUGGGUGGUUAUCUGCUCUUUUUUGGGUACUGGAUCAGACAUGAUAUCAAGCGGAGUGUAUGUAUGUUACGACCAAGAUGCAUGUAGCGAGCAACGCUGUUUUUGUUUCUGUUUUUUCGUUGUGGUCCUUGUAUUAUCCAAGCAUACUCCUCUUCCUCCCGCGCAUCCUGACAUCUUCGAGCUUGUGAAGCACCCCCGGCGCCUUCUUGAAGGCUUCCCUAUACGAGUCCAAGAUGUGGUGAAAUAACCUCUCCGCCCUGGGAUGUGUACUCGCGAACGCUCUUUCCAACACGUAAAGAUCUACCGCCCGGUCCUCGUCCGACUGACUCUGCAUUGCGAGCCCAAAGUCAAUCACCACCACAUCGCCCGCUACAGCCUUUGCCUUCUCAGCCUUGUCCCCGUGCCCGUUUG